AACAAAGUUAAGGACCUGCCUGUUUGGUAACCUCGAUCGGCAGGCCAAGUCGAUCAAGCGGUCCUUCGCAAGUUUGUUCCACUCAUUCAUCACCAACGGUUGCAAGGAGUCGAACGUCUUGAAAGGGACUCGCAGUGGAUUGGCCCACUAUACUUCAUCUUACCAGAAGUAUCAUGGUAUCUAUAACGAAACGAUCCGCAUCACCGGUAGGCCUCAUUGGCAAGCCGAGUCCAUUCCACGCUUCAGUGACCUUGUUCGCCGCAAAUACGUCUAGUGUUAACAGCAAUGACGCGCCCACUACGGAUCCUUCUAUCAUGUUGCGGCGUUCGAAGCGUAUCAAGUUAGAGAAGAAUUACGAUGUGGAUGACGUUGCAAUCCCGAAGCUAGAGUCAGAUGGCCACGAUGGACCUUCACCUCCUCGUAAACGGAAGGCCAGAUCUAACGUUGUUGCAUCCUCUUCGAGUGUAAAGCUGGAAGAGGUAGACUUUGAAAUUACUACAGUUCCAUCGAAGAAGCCUAAGAAACAGGUUUCUCCACGCAGGCCGAAGCCUAUCCAGCAGUCAUUGGCUGUUCCUCACCCCGCUCCUCUGCGAUGGAGAGAAGCGUACGACACCAUCAAGCGAAUGCGAGCUAACAUCGUAGCACCCGUGGAUACUAUGGGUUGCGAUCAAGCUCAACUGAAGGAAGUUGAUCCGAAGAGCCAACGAUUCUCGACUCUGGUUUCCCUCAUGUUAUCCUCUCAGACAAGGGACGAAGUGACUGAUGCUGCCGUCGGUAGACUUCGUGAAGGUCUAGGCGGUAGUAUUACUGUGGACGCUGUUCUUGCAGCCGAUGAUACGACCAUUUCAGAAGCUAUUGCGAAAGUCGGAUUCUGGCGACGAAAAACGCAAUACAUCAAGCAGACUGCCAAACGUUUGAGGGAUGAUUUCGACUCUGACGUACCAAGGACAGUCGAUGAAUUAUGUUCCUUACCUGGCGUAGGUCCCAAGAUGGCAUUCUUGGCACUACAGGUAGCGUGGAAAAUAAAUGUUGGUAUUGGCGUUGAUGUCCACGUACACCGCAUAACGAAUCGGCUGGGUUGGCAUAAACCACCAACCAAAACCCCUGAAGAAACCCGGCUCAACUUGCAAUCAUGGCUUCCGACUGAGCUUCACCCUGAGAUCAACCACCUACUAGUCGGGUUUGGCCAGACUAUCUGUCUUCCUGUUGGCCCUAGAUGUGAUGAAUGCGAACUGAGCUCUGGUCUUUGCCCAAGUGCAAGGAAAAUUACAAAAACUGCGAAGAUCCGCAAGAUCGCAGCAACUUCGACUACAAAGGGUGGCCCGAAAGUGGAGAUCACUCUUGAAGAACAGACUGAAGAAAAACUGUUUGAGCCUCUAGCUGACGCACCUUCACCGUUGUCUGACAUCGAGUGAUACCCUGUUUCUACGAUAACCAACCUCUAUUGUACCUAUAUUCGCUGCCGUAUGGUAUGCUUAUAGGUCCACAUUGUGCUUCUUGUAACCUCUUGGUCCAUAUCUGCUACUAGAGCAAUCCUAGUGCCAUAUCCCAGAAACCUUUUUCUAAACGAGUACACCGUUCCCAAACCAAAACCCACUCUUUUAGUCUCGCUGGUGAAGGCGGGUCCGCAGCCGCCAUAGCCUCAAUUGUUUCUAAGAGGAAGGACGGUCAGUUAUCAACCGCGUGACGGGAAAGGACAGUAGCACCAACCUAUACCGGUCCUGACAGCUUCUUGAUAAUGCUCCCCGGAAUAGUCAUCGAUCCACCUGGUGUAGGGGUUGCCAUCCAACACUACCCACGUUCCAGGUUUCGCAGCUUCUUUCUUGAUCCAUAGGCCAACUUCGCCAUAACCUAGAAGACAUGCUGCGACGGCCAUGAGGAGCCUACUUGCGUCACCUGAAUAUAUUCUCAUAAGUGCCUUCUAAGAACACAACAACAAUGGGAAGCCUGCGGACCUUGCAGACCGACGUCAAGGAUGUAAGCGCCGUAUGCUGUGGUUGCGGGUGAUUCAGGAAUCGACUGAAGUUCCUCUUCUGAGAUGCCCCAUUGUGCACAGAAGGACUUGUGGGUGGUGACUUCUGUGAUGACGUUGAUGAUUGUCUUCGUUGCAGCGUCUAUAGCACUGAAUGUCGAAGACUUUGCUAC